UUUUUUGUUUGUUUAUUUCUUUAGGUUUUCUCCUCCAGGAGAAAUACCACAUUCUGUUUACAGAUAUUUUUUGUGUAUUUGGCCAGACUCAUCCCUUCUAUAAAUCUUUUGCUCUGAAUAGGAUCAGGGCAGGAAUUUUAGUCAGCUUCUAGUGGUAUUUGUUUUGUGAAUCCUGGCUUUUAGAUCAAGGUUAACAGAUAUCCAAAUGGGCGGCCCUUCUCUGAGUUUAUUUUUUUAAUUGCUCAUUUAAACUCAUAUUUAAAUGUGUAAUUUUUUAAAGUUCUAUUUGUUUUUUAUCUUAAAUAAUAUAGCCAUUGAAAACUAAAAUUACCACAACACAGUUAAUUUGCUAUUUUAUUCAUGUGAGGACACUGAUAUUUCAGGGGUCUUGAAACAGAUAGCAAGACCUAGAGCCUGGAACUAGCAACUGAAUUUGCAUUAUCUGAACUGUUGUUUUAACUGGAGAUUCCACUUCCCUCAUGAACUUAACUGGGAAGGUAAAAAAGACACAUACAAUAUGUUAAUUUUAUUGCUUUUUGCCUUGAAAGGUGCUGAGCCUGUUGGGAAAAGCACCUGACAGAGGUGCUAGCUGGGCCAUGGGAACAGCACUACUGUGGUGUUUGAUUUGCUGUGACAAUCAAGGACACAAUUCCCAAACGAAGAAAGCUCCUUGAUGGGAGAGGGUUGCCAGGUACAGAGAGAAUGCCUUGCACUACCUUGUUCCAUUUAUCAGCCCAUAGGGGAUGGGUAUGCAGGAGAUAUUGCCAACCAUACUUCCUGCAGGAUUAUCCUCAUCUCAGUCUCCUUUUUUUUUGCAAAUAUGAACUCUUAACUACUUAAGACCAACAAUUUAUUUUGCCACUAUAAUUGACAUUAUUAAAUUCACAAUUAAUCUGUCAGUGAGCUAUGCUUACAGAUGCCUUAGUGAAACCUAAACAAAACUGAUUCAUACAGAAAUUAGGUAUUCUUGCCUAGAAAAAGCACCAAAAAGAUAAAACGUUUAAAAUCUGCUUUCUGAUAAUGAAUCUUGUAAAGCUGUGAGGCAAAACAUUUUGGUGUUUUACUGCUUCUGUGUCAUUUUAAUGAAUUAAGGGGUUAUUUUCUUCCCCCAAAAUACUACAGUCUUAUUAAUUUAAGUUUAGAUCACUCUUAAGCAGGACCCAAAAUUUUCUAGUACAUUGAUGAUAUCUCACUUUGCAAAUUACUUCAAAGAAGAAAAUAUAUUUUAGCAAUUUAAUAUGUGUCUAAGAUAAAUUUUCCAAACCAACACAGUGUGUUUCCCUGUAUAUUUUCACAGUGGUUUAUUUAACAUUUCAUCUUCUGCAUUCCAUGUACUCAAGUUCUAGGCUGCUCUUUCUGUAUAUAACUUACAUUUCAUUGCCAGGAUGGCAUAGCAAUUUUCUAUAACUAAAGAACUUCAAGUAUUUUUAUUCUCCCACUCUUUCCUCCUAACUGUUUUUCAAAAUUGAUAUUAUAGUACAGCUUUCCUUUAAUCUGUCUCCACACUUAUUUGAAUUAUUUUGGGAGGAAGAGAUUCUAUUAAAUGCUACCAGAGAUGUUUCUACUUUUACUUUUUUGUCACUAAAAUCUGAAGCAUGAGAAUUUGAUUCAGCAAAGACCAUAUAUGCAUUUUCACAAUUAAAAACCUUUUUUCAUAAAAGAAAGGAUAUAUGUUAGCUGGCCUUAGUAGUUUCACAUGUAAUUAAAUCCUGACUUGUUUUAAAACUAAAUGAAUCAGCUUUAUAAAAAUCCAUUUCUCAUUCAUUGUUAUACCAUGCCAUUUAUCCUGCUACUGACCAAAUUGAGUUUGAAGGGACAGUUCACUCUAGUGAAUAAUUGUGCAUGUGUCUGUAGUAUCAAGCUCUUGACAAAUUUUCAUUUUAUUAAUAAAAUGCUUUCCAUUUCUUUGCAGGUACAAUGUCGUGUCUGUCAUGCUACUCAUAUAAGUAGAGAUUAAAAGAAAUUUUUUGAAAUGUUUGGCUGCUUUACUCAGGGCAAUACUACCUGUUUUCAGCUAAUAUACUCUUCGCAAGAUGAACCAUGUAAUUUUACAGAUUACAUUGCUAAAAUUUACAAAACAUUUUUGGCGGUUUCUAUGGCACUGAGUGUAAUUCGGAAAAAGUAAACAAAAGUUUCUCUCUUCGAGGUAUUUAAGAGGUAAUGUAUCUUUAAGUGUCUCCGCCUCUGAAUCCACCCACUUCUUGAUAGCUGCAGCAGUCUUGUUGACUCACAGAAGCCGUGUUCAUGCAAGAGCCAGCGAUGAGCAGUAAUUUUCAGAGAUUUUAACAGCACACCUCCUGCUAUGUAUUUCACAUUCUAGCUUGCUGGGGCUGAAGCUAUAUGAAAGAAAGUUUUAUGUUUUGAAGAGAUUGCAAAAGAUAGUUCCUCCUCUCAUCCUGGAAAAUCCUGACAGACCAGUUGGAUACCUUUAAGGCCUUAACCAAGAACUUUAUCUUCUCAUCCCACUGUCUUUUUUACAGUAGAAAGACCCAAGACACCCUUAAGAACUGAGAAUCUGACUAAUUUAAACAGAUGGCUAAUCCCAGUGCUGUGUGCAAUGGACAUCUACAUCACCAUCAUCAUCAGAAACAGAAUAACCUCUUAAAAAGUGGAAUAUCUAAGAAAAAUGGAAUCACUAAAGGAACAAAGAAGAAUGGAGUAUCAAACGGAACCCUCUACAAAAAAACAUUUAUUGAGCACUUUGAACAGGCACCAAUGUAUGUUGCAGUUUUUACUUUCGUGGGGUUUGCAGUGGGAACAAUAUUUGGCUACCUGCGAGAUUUUAUGAGAGCCUGGGGACUAGAAAAACGUAACAUUGCUACGGAGAGAGAACAACAAAAAGAUUUUGUGCCACUUUAUCAAGAUUUUGAGAACUUUUACACCAGGAACCUCUAUUUGAGAAUACGGGAUAACUGGAAUCGUCCCAUUUGCAGUGUCCCUGGGCCACAGUUUGACCUCAUGGAGCGUGUUACAGAUGAUUACAACUGGACAUUUAGGUUUACAGGAAGGACUAUCAAGAAUGUAAUCAAUAUGGGUUCUUAUAACUACCUCGGCUUUGCAGAAACAGACGUUAAUGCUUUGAAAACUGUGACCAUAGAGUUAGAAAAAUAUGGGACAGGAGUCUGCAGUACCAGGCAAGAAAUGGGCACCCUAGACAAACAUGUAGAACUAGAGAAACUUGUGGCCACGUUCCUUGGUGUGGAAGAUGCUAUGGUGUUUGGCAUGGGCUUUGCAACUAACUCAAUGAAUAUUCCAGCCCUUGUUGGAAAGGGCUGCCUCAUUUUAAGUGAUGAGUUGAACCACACUUCUCUUGUUCUCGGUGCGAGGCUUUCAGGUGCCACUAUUAGAAUCUUCAAGCAUAAUAAUAUGCAGAGCCUCGAGAAGUUGCUGAGAGAUGCAAUAAUAUAUGGACAGCCUCGCACUCACAGAGCAUGGAGAAAAAUUAUCAUCCUCGUGGAGGGCAUUUACAGCAUGGAAGGGUCCAUCGUGCGUCUGCCAGAGAUCGUCUCCUUGAAGAACAAAUACAAAGCAUACCUCUACUUGGAUGAAGCUCACAGCAUUGGUGCAGUGGGAGCAACGGGCCGAGGAGUUGUGGAAUACUUCGGAAUGAGUCCCAAUGACGUGGACGUAUUAAUGGGAACGUUCACAAAGAGCUUUGGUGCAGCUGGAGGAUACAUAGCUGGCAAAAAGGACCUUGUGGACUUUUUACGAACUCAUUCUCAUAGUGCUGUGUACGCCACAUCUAUGUGUCCCCCCGUAGCAGAGCAAAUCAUCAGGGCAAUGAGAUGUCUCAUGGGACUGGACGGGACAACACAAGGGCUCCAAAGAGUGCGUCAGCUGGAGAAAAACACAAGGUACUUCAGACGAAAACUGCAUGAAAUGGGCUUCAUCAUUUAUGGCAAUGAUGAUUCUCCUGUUGUUCCCUUGCUGCUUUAUAUGCCUGGUAAGAUAGGGGCUUUUGCAAGACGCAUGUUAGAAAAAAAUAUCGGGGUAGUCGUGGUUGGGUUUCCAGCUACUCCUAUCACAGAAUCCAGGGCUCGGUUUUGCGUGUCAGCUGCACAUACACGGGAGAUGUUAGACACGGUUUUGAAUGCUCUGGAUGAAUUGGGUGAUUUUCUACAUCUGAAAUAUUCCCGGUAUUCCAAGUCAUCUCAUCCUGAACUGUAUGAAGAAUCUAGACUUGAACUUGAAGAUUAAGUUUUCCACCCGUGAAAAGAACAUUAUGAUGCUAUGAAAGGGCGGAAAACCUGAAAACUAAACAAUACAAAUGCAUUUCUUCCCUUCUAAGGACAAUUUUUCUCAGUUAAUUGAAAGGAGGGGAGCUCAGGUGUUGCAUCACUUUGUAUCAAACUUCUGUAUUCAAGAGACUGAAAUAUUGAUACAGAUUUGCCUCCCCAGGAGAUCUGUCCUUUUUAAGGUAUUUCUGAUGCACCAUGAAUGCAUCCAUUGAUCCAGUUGCUAACGUACAGCUUUUGAUAUGGCCCUUUUUUAUGAAGAGGCUUCAGAUAGUCUUAAUUGUGACUGAAAUAAUAAAGUUUAAAAAGUUAAUAGAUUCCAGUGUAAUAUAGCUGAGCUUCAUCAGUGAGACUGAUCUGUUAAAGAGCAUAAAUCGAGAUGCCGGUGUGGACUGCUACAAAGGAAUGAGCAGAAAGUGACUUCUUUAACUAAGUUUCACUAUCAUGCAUUUCUCCAAGGACAGAAAGUGUUAGAAAAAGGCUGAUGCUGAGAACAAGAAAAGUGGCCUGAUGAGAUCAUAUAUUUUUGACAGCAGGUAAUGAGAAAGGGAAAAUUCCUUCCCUCCACGGACCUUUUCUCGGUCACCUAAAUGCACUAUAAACUUUGAAUUGUACAAAAAUUUGGGCUUAAACAUAAACAGAAAUGUUUUUCUGCCAAAUCAUUUGACCUACAACCUAUCACAUCUUAUCACAACUUAGGUUCUUCCGCAGGCUUGCUCCCUUUUUGUGGGGCAGUUCUAAAUAAUUUUAAUAAACAUUUAACUUUCCCAUAAAAACUUUAUUCAGAUACUUACAGUUCACAAACUGCAGAUGACAUUUGUGGGCUCAUUCCUAAGUUUCUUGAACUACUUAUGGGCCUCAUAAAUUCACUAACAAGUACAUAAUGCUGAAGCUGUUACUUAUGCAGAAUGUGAAGUUCAAGAUACCAUAAGCAGUUCUGCCACCUGCUAAACAGAAAACUUCACCAUUUCUAUACAUGAUGCAGUCAUUCAUGAAAUAACAUUUCUUGAAAUAUUUUCAUCUGUUUUAUGCAUGUCAGGGGUUGUUCUGUCCAGGGGUGUUUUUGAGUCAUCUGUUUUUCAAAUAAUUAUCAUAUCUUCUGAAGAAGAAGAUGCCCUUGUUCCCUUGUCCCCUUGUCCACUGCCCGAGUGACAAAUGCUCAAGGCUACCUGAAGGAACUGUUCCAGCCAACAGUUUGCCUGCAAUGCCAGAAGACACAAGCAUCAGGGUUGUGUGGGCUGAGUUGCUGGAAGGAGUUUGGAAGUUUUUUCCUUUUGGUUUUUUUUUUCCCAGCAUCGAAAAGCAGUUCUGCAGCUUUAAGAAUGAACUCCAAACAAUUCCGCACUAUCAAAUGUCAUUGUAAACACAUCAGAUGAGAGAUGUUUAGCUUUCUGUUGCACAGAUGUACCACACUUUCAUGUUCUCUUGAAAGCUGUGGUGUAAACUUAACCCACAGCUGCAAUAUUAGAUUUAAGAACAGAACAAUUAAAUUACACUAUAUUACUCCCUGCUUGUUAAAGCAGCUUUCAGGAUAUAACAAGGCUGACUGAUUAUGAGGGCCCAUUUUUUGUUGGAUUUUUGUUGUUGUUGUUGCUGUGCACGUUAAUAAAAAUCCAGUGGUGCUAUAACUUUAAAAAUUGAUUACAACACAUUCCGUAAUACCAAAUGUCAGCUUUAGGAAAUAUUUGUCAAGGGCUGGGGGAGGACUAAGUGGUGUUUCAUGUGAUUCUUCACUGUGGUAAUGGACUUGAAAAGCACUGCAGAGGUUCAGGGGAGCUGUGUUUGUGGAUAAGAGCAAACUCACUGUACAAAUAUUUAAAUACUUGAGCACAGGACAAGGAGAAAUUAGGAAACAUGAACUUCAUCUCUGAGUAACCUGGCAGUUUGUGGUGCACAGCUGUGUUACAUGCAGGGUGAGUGCACUUACUGUGAAAGGAGAUUGGUUGAAAAGUUUCUGCAACCUGUUCCUUGAGGAAAAGUACUGGAUUUGAUAUAUUGCUUUUUGAUCUCUGUUGUUGAACUUCUGCGGCCAGAUCCUCAGUUGACUUCUGACCUUCCAUUUUGGGGUAUACAGCCAUAGUUUAUAUUUCAGCAAACAUUAUUACAUGUACUGUUGCAGGCAACACGCUAUUUCCCUCAAAGAGAGGCCUGAGAUUGAUUAAACUACAGAGUGAUCACUUUCUUUACCCCAAUAGGGGAAUGUUUUCAGUCUAAAGCCAGAUUCUUCCUGCCCUCAGAACAUUACUCUCACUCAUAUUAAGGAGACAGGACAGCUAUGUUUUUAGAGACUGUCAGUUGAUUUAUUAUGUGCUCCCUUCUGAUUUCUUCCAUCCCUUACACACCAGAGAAAGUACAGACUGACUACCCCUGGGCUCAGGGAACAUCUCUGCUCCACUUGUGCAAUAAUACAACUCCCAGGAACUUCAGUCUUCUAGAUUUUCCCCAUGAGGUUUAUAGUCUGGCACUUGCUUUUCUAACAGUAUGGAGUUUUUCCUGUUUACCUCAAUUUUUAUAAGAUUUAGAGUUGAUCAGCAUUUGAAGACUCUCUUUUAGCUGGUGUCUGAAAAAAUCAGCUAGAGUACUCCUUAGGGAAUUUGCACCUCUAGCACAGGAUCAUGUACUUGCUAGAAUGUGCUCCCUCUUCAGGCUUGCAUGUUCUUGGAAAACAUAGUUCUCUCCAAUUGCUUUAGAAGGUUUUGAAGAGCUGCUUUCCAUUAAAAAAAAUGCUCAAGUUGUCAUAUUUUAAUCCAGUGGAUACAUUAAGUGUAACUACACUAAUUUUUUGUGGGCAAGCUGCAUCCUGUUACCUUAUGUAAAAUCUUGAUUGACCUUUAUGAUAUGGAAAAACUUUAGAGUUUUUGCUUGACAGGGAAACUGAAUUCUUUGCCCUUUCCUGCAACUUUAUCCUUCCUCAUCUUUUAGAAAGUCUUCAUCUCCUGAGCUUAUCAAACUUGUCAAGGUGGUUUUCCCCUCCACUUCUGUCUUUUUCUAUUAUUCUCUCUGUUCUGCUGUUCUCUGUUGGGGGAAAGACAGGCAGCUGCAGAGGACCGGAGUGUAACAGUUUGGCUUUCUGGGCAUAGCCUCACUGCCUGCUUUUCCCGGUAUUCUUAUCAGCUCUUGCAGACUUUAAUCUUUCCUUUUCAAGCAAAAAAAGUUGUCUGCAAUUCUUAUGAUGAACCAAAUCUGAACUGCCCAAGCUGUCGAACCAAGAAUGGGCUUGUUCUGUCAUUUGUGCAGGUGUAGAUCAGGUUAAGUCUUGCUUUGAAGUCAAUACUGUUGGUUUAAAAGUGCAAUUCAUUACUAGUACAAUUUACAACUAGUACUAUUUAAAAAUAGUACAAUUGUGAGAGGAACCUGUCAGUGUGAGUUGAGCUGCCUGCAUUUGUUUCAGAAGGUUUGAACACUGGUGUCUCUGGACUGUUUCACAGCCGCUGCUCUUCACAGGGAACCAAGAUAUGGAAUUGAUCUGUUCAAGGUAGGAUUUCAGCUGGGUUUUAUUUUCUUUUUUUUUUUUCCAAAAUGUUUGGUUGAAGGUGUGUUGCAUAUUUCCCUGUCCUGCUGAGACAAGGAACAAAGAAGUGAUGUAAGAAAAGCAGUCUGUACUAAUGGUGUUUAUGUACUUCCCAGCCUACUUUGAAAUCCAAUAGAGAUUCUCUAAUAUAUUAUCUGCUUUUUAUUUGUGCAUGAAGUUUAACUGCUCUUCAAUUUAAAACAUAGAUUAUGAUCAAAUUUUAAAGACACCACACCACCAGCUGAGAAAUGGCAUAUGUCAUGCCAUGAUUGGCAGCUGAACAUUUGAGCCUCCAGAUGCCUUCAAAAACAGCAUCUAGAUGUUUCCCUCAUUUGCUCCCACAUCCAGGGUGGUUUGUACUCCCUGCAGAUCAGUCACAAGAUGAUGAGAACUCACUUUAUCCAUUUCAGAGACUUGUCAAGAUGGUCCCAAAACCAACAUCCACCUGACCACAGAAAAUAAUAGUUCAGCACCAUCGGAGCAGGAGUCCAGGGCCUGAGUCAGACUGGUUGCUCAGCACUUACUGAAGAGGGGAGUGUGUUCCCACAGAUGUAGCAUUUCAUUGACAAGUGGCAUAGGGAAGCAAAGAUAAAUCCACUUAUAUCACGUGCUAACCAAACGAAAAGUGUAAGUAUAGAGGCACAGCAUCUGGUAGACCUGGAGACUUGGACUAGAUCCAGUUGUGUACAGAGACUUUUUGAUCCAGCUGUGCAAGCAUUAAAGGAGUUGUUAAAUCUUCUUAAGCAGCUAGGUGGAAUAGUGGAAAACAUGCUCUUUAAUAUCAAAAUAGUGACUUUGAAGGAGGCAAACAGAGACAUUCCACCGCCUGUGUUGCUCCAGUUUGUUUAUGAAGAGAAGGAAGGGUAGAUAGCCUGCCAUAGCAGGUGACCCUGACACUUUGUACUCUAUUCAUAGAACCUUUUCUGAGAGUCACUUCUGCCAGAUGCUGUGCUAGGGCCCAAAACUGUUAAUUGUUAUCAAUAUACCCAAAUUCCACAGCUUGUACUGCAGGGGUGGCCAGGGUUGCUUGAGCCAUCAGCUAUAGCAAGCUGUGCUAUAGCUGGUGCUAGAAAUUACUAGGAGAUUGUUUGAGUGACAAGAGUGCACAGAAUCACUGAUGAUUGGAAUACCCUUAUUGGGCAUCACUGCUGCUGGGACUGCCUGUGCUGAGGUGACAAGUGCCUGUGCUGCUCUGCCAGGCAUACCUGAUGUGGCUCCAGGACAGGCAUGAGAGUCUGUCUUCAUCUUUGCAAAUGCAGGACUUGGCCUGCAGGUCACUCCAGCAGAUGAGCUUCUUUCUGGCAAUUCAGCUCAGCCAGAAGCCAGGAAAGCAGGACUCUGUAGGAACUCUGGAAAAUCAGUUGUCACAAGUCAAGUACUUGCAGGAACAGAGAAAUGCUGAUGUGUGUGAUGGAGCAAUGGUGCUUUGCUGUUGUUUCCAUUGAAAUUGUCUCAAGGAAUUUGCUAUGGACAUGAGCUGACUCUGCUAUCCUGUGGGUGGACCAGAGUAUUUGUAUAUUCCAGUUCCUAGAGCUCAGAACUGAUCACUCAUACCAUGAUGUGCCACCAAGUUUGUUGCUCUGAUCUUUGGUAUCUCCGUCUCACCAGUUCAGAGCACAGCAUGGAGGGACCCGCUGAGCCUGUUGGGUUCCUUGUCCAUUUACCUCUCAAGCAGCUGCUCUGGAAUGCACAGGAGUGAUUAAAUCAGUGGGGACAUUUCAAAAGCAUAGCUUCUCCUGAGCCUUUCCUCCUGCUCUGACACAAGGAUUGUGUCCUCUUGUGCUCUGCUCUCCCCUUAUUACCACACAAACGUUGUGAUGUCUUGGCUCCCUUUAACAUUCAGGGGAAUCUGAACAUUCUCAAAAAAUGAUGUAACAGAUUCAAAGGAGAAGGAAAGGGAAAGGGAAAGGGAAAGGGAAAGGGAAAGGGAAAGGGAAA